AUGGGUUUCUUAUUUUAUGUUGACCUCCAAGCUCUAUCAUUGGAAUCUGUUUUUGUUAUUGCAGCGUGUGAUGAAACGUCAGAGAAAUCAGAACGGGCAUUUGUCCAAUUAUUAUUGACUUCAUCUAGUGGAAACAAUAAUAACGAGGUCCUGAAUCAGUCUGCGGUAGAUUACAUAAAUGGAUCUGUUUCAGCAUGUCAGGAUUUUUUGCCUCGGGAACAACUUGAGAAGCAAUAUUGCAGUACUAGUGUAAAUUGCAGGCCUCAGAUUAGUAGUUUCAGAGCUGCUAUGGUUAGAAGUGCUAUACCAGAUCCAGACGUGCCUCAAAGUUGUGCAAAUUCAUCAGAGUCUUCGAUAUCACCACCUGGAAGCAAACAGAAAUCUGCUUCUGAUGAUAGAGAUACUACUAUUGCUGUUUUACUCCAAGACAAAUCGGGGGGAAGGUUGGGUCCGCAAUGGAUUCGGCCCACACCCCCAAGACUUCCUGUACUUGAUGGGGAGCUACAAUGGUUGAACCCUGACAAUAACCACGAGCUAUUAUGGGAUUAUAGCAUGUGUACUGACACGAGUCGAGGGGCUGCUAUCCGAGAUUUGAUUGCAAGAGCCUUAAAAGGUCCACUUGCACCUGCCCAACAGGAGCAAGUCAUAGUAGAACUGACAAAGGAUCCUAAACUGGUUUAUUACUGUGGGAUGACCCCACAGAAGCUUCCUGAUCUUGUUGAACAUAACCCGCUCAUUGCUGUUGAGGUUCUUUCGAAGCUAAUUCACUCUCCUGACAUUCCUGGUUACUUUGAUGUUCUUGUGCACAUGGAAAUGAGCCUGCAUUCUAUGGAAGUUGUGAACAGACUUACUACUGCUGUUGACCUUCCAACAGAGUUUGUCCAUGAGUACAUCACAAAUUGUAUCCAAUCAUGUCAAAACAUAAAGGAUAAAUACAUGCAAAACAGACUUGUGAGACUAGUUUGUGUUUUCCUGCAGAGUCUUAUCCGAAACAAGAUUAUAAACGGCUUGUAA